AUGGGUUUCCCAGGUUUUCCUGGUAUAACUGGAGUUCAAGGAGAUAAGGGUGAUCGAGGUAGAGAUGGCUUCCAAGGUCUUCAAGGGGAAAAGGGUGAUCAAGGAUUCACUGGACAAAAGGGAGAAAUGGGUAGAAUGGGCGCCAUGGGUGAAAGAGGUGAAAGAGGUCCAAUUGGUCCAACUGGUAUUCCUGGACUUACAAUAAAGGGUGAAAAAGGUUACCUGGAAAUAAUGGAAAACACGGCAGACCUGGCAUGCGCGGUGCUACGGGAGAAAAGGGAGAGCAAGGAUUGCCAGGACUUCCGGGUCCAAUUGGGCGCCCCGGUAUGCCAGGAACACCUGGACCCAGAGGUGAACCCGGUGAACCAGGAAAUGAAGGAGUCGCAGGACCCCCCGGUUUUGACGGUCCUCAAGGGUUACAAGGUCGUCCCUGGUGAAUAUGGCGAAAAGGGUAACAAGGGUGACAAAGGUGCUGUUGGUUUUGGUUUACCUGGCCCGAAAGGAGACACUGGACUGCCAGGAUUACCGGGAUUAAAUGGUGAAAAAGGUGAUAAAGGAGAUCGGGGUCUGGAAGGAUUAGUUGGAGAGAUGGGGUGA